GGCACCGGAUCAAAAAAGUACACGAUACGUUCUAAGCAUACCAUUCUGACUGCGGCGUGUGUGCAUCAUAACGUAUUUGAUAUUAUUUCUUUAUAUAUAUGUAUAUAUAUACGUGUCUGUUCAACCGAUGUUUCUACUGCAUUGAUCAUAUUUAUUAAAUCUAUGGGGUACAUUUAUCAUCGAAUUUUUUUCAAUAUUCUUUGCAUGCUUGCAUAAGGCGCCUAGUGCGCCUUCCCGUCACAAUGAAGAUGUGUCGGGCACAAUUACUUCUUCACUUUUUGGUGCUUAGCCUCUUACCUUUCGUUCACACAGAUGAGCACAAUCACAUCUAUGAAGACAAUGAUGAAGUUGUACUAUGGAUGAGUACGGUCGGACCAUACCAUAACAGACAAGAAACAUACUCCUAUUAUUCUUUACCAUUUUGUAUGGGUAUGAAAGAUGUUAUCAAUCAUCAUCAUGAAACCUUAUCUGAAGCACUUCAGGGUAUUGAAUUAAAAUUUAGUGGUUUAGAUAUCGAAUUUAAAGCUGAUAUCUCUAAAACAGAAUACUGUCAAAUAAAUUUGCCAGAAGAAAGUUUGAAAGCUUUUGUAUAUGCUGUUAAAAGUCAAUAUUGGUACCAAAUGUACAUCGAUGAUUUACCAAUUUGGGGUGUUGUAGGUGAGCCAGAUGAAAAUAAUGGAGUAGUUUCAUAUUAUAUUUGGACGCACAAAAAAUUUGAUAUAGGAUAUAAUGGUAAACAAAUAGUCGAUGUCAAUUUAACAAGCGAUAACAAAGUUAAACUUGUACAAGGUGCUCAAAUAUCUUUCAGUUAUGAAGUAAACUGGAAAAAGAGCAAUAUUAAAUUUGCUGAUAGAUUUGAUAAGUACCUGGAUGCUAGUUUCUUUCAACACAGAAUUCAUUGGUUCAGCAUCUUUAAUAGUUUUAUGAUGGUUAUUUUCCUUGUUGGACUUGUAUCCAUGAUAUUAAUGCGAACUUUGAGAAAGGACUAUGCGAGGUAUAGCAAAGAUGAAGAAAUGGAUGAUAUGGAGCGAGAUUUGGGAGAUGAAUAUGGAUGGAAGCAAGUGCAUGGAGAUGUUUUUCGCCCAGCUAGUCAUGCAAUGUUAUUUUCAGCUCUCAUAGGAACUGGAUAUCAGGUUACUGUUGUUGUUCUCAGCGUAAUUAUUUUUGCUAUUCUUGGAGAACUUUAUACAGAACGAGGUUCCAUGCUAUCAACUGCAAUAUUUGUUUAUGCUGCCACCUCAUCUAUAAAUGGUUAUGCAGGUGGUGGUUUGUAUGCACGAAUGGGUGGGCGUGUUUGGAUCAAACAAAUGAUCCUCAGCGCUUUUAUGUUACCCAUUAUGGUUUGUGGAACUGCAUUCUUCAUUAAUUUUAUUGCCAUGUAUUAUCAUGCUAGUAGAGCUAUUCCUUUUGGUUCAAUGGUGGCAGUGACAUGUAUUUGUAUAUUUGUUAUUUUACCUCUCACAUUGGUAGGCACUAUUUUGGGCCGUAAUCUUGCUGGAACACCUGAUGCUCCAUGUAGAGUAAAUGCAGUUCCAAGACCAAUACCAGAAAAAAAAUGGUUCAUGGAACCAUUGGUUAUAAUAAUGCUUGGUGGAAUCCUACCAUUUGGAUCUAUUUUCAUUGAAAUGUAUUUUAUUUUUACUUCAUUCUGGGCAUAUAAAAUUUAUUACGUUUAUGGUUUUAUGUUGCUAGUGUUUAUUAUCCUCAUGAUAGUGACAGUCUGUGUGACUAUUGUAUGUACAUAUUUCUUAUUGAAUGCUGAAGAUUACCGAUGGCAAUGGACAAGUUUCCUUGCAGCAGCUUCAACAGCGGGAUAUGUGUACAUUUAUUCAUUUUAUUAUUUCUUCUUCAAGACUAAAAUGUAUGGUCUCUUCCAAACAGCAUUUUACUUUGGCUAUAUGGCACUAUUCAGUCUGGUCUUAGGUAUUAUGUGUGGAACAGUUGGUUAUAUGGGUACUAGUGCGUUUGUACGAAAAAUCUAUUCCAUAGUCAAGAUAGACUAAUGCAGUUUAGUGAAACUUAUGUACUGUGGAAUUAAGUAGGAACUUGAUUCGUACGGCGUACUGCUCUCGGUGACGAACAUUUGCGAACGUGUGAUGUGUCUUUACAAGACAGUAUUUUCAGUUUGAUUAUAAAAAUAUAUAUAUUGUCUAUCUUUCUAAGGAGUAUAUUAAUUUUUUAAGUAUCACCAUAUAUAUAUAUUAAUAAUUACAACGAAAUGAUGUUUGAUAAUUAAACAAGUGUAAUUUAUUAUCAUACAUAGUAGGUUCGCAUUCAAAUCGAGAACAGUUCGCGAAAUAUUAUUGGUAUGGCAAUGAUCAUGAGUAUUCAGUAACUAUACGAUUAUAAAUCUUAAGAAAAUCAUGAUCACACUAAAUUCGUGUCAUAUGAAUGACAGGUUUUUAAAUUGUGCAGAUAUAAAUAUUUCAAUUUGUCCUAUAUAAAUUUGAUUAUAUUCGAAACAUUGUAAGUUCAAUUCAUUUAUACAAUUUAUGUACUUCCAUUCUGCACAACUUAAUUGUGUUGUUUCGUGCAUUAAAAAUAUUUUCUAUAAGGUAUUUUAUUCCUUGUUAUAGCAAUAUAUAUAAUUUAAAACACCGUGGAGAGAAGAAAAAUAAUAAUGUCCUAAUAAAUGUUCUAAUAAUAUAUAACACAUUUUCCAGUAUAAACGAACCUGCUUCCUAGACAUGACAUUUUUUUAACGCAAUUACAUUAACAAGUGCAGUAAUACUGUUGAAAAUAAAAAUUGUUUUUAGUGACUAAUAAAAUGCUAAUAUAUUAUUUGUUAUCACA